CUCUACGGCUCGCGUCGAUAGCGUCUCUAUGCCCUCUGCUCGAGCUGCGGACUUCGAUUUUUAUGUUGGUAGCUAACGCCGUUGCAGGAGAUUUUACUGGCUGCGCCGGUGAGUCCCUGGGGUUGUCCAAGUUCCUCGGUUGGCUGAUUUAUGCCUUUGGUGCAGAGAUUGGCAGCUUUUUAUCAUCAGUUUACGGAUUCCAAGUGUGUCUAUACACGCUAGCUCGAUUAUUUUUUGCAAUCGUUGGUCCUUGUCUCGGGCCGAAAACGCAGCCCAUCGGCGCGUGCCGUGGACCGUACGCCGUCAACGAUGGCCUCGACGUCCGUGCUCGUCGAGCUCGUCUGCGGCGAGCUGGGCAUCGACGCCAGCAAACCCAUGGUCGAGCGCGUGCGAGCCGCGGCGCAAUUGGUCGGCAUUCAGUUCGUGAGCGUGCGAGCAACGACGGAAGCCCUCGCCGCGCAGCUCCUGCCCGUGACUCAAGAAGAGAGCAGCGACGACGACGUCGUAUUGACCCAUGUAGAAACGCCGCGGAGCAAGGCCGCGGCGUCACUCGCCGAGGCCAAGCGGACGGGCGCCAUCGUACAAAUUGACGAGAACGAGCCGCGGCGGCCGCCGGCCUGGUACGUGCGGGCCAAGCACCUGUCGGCGCGGAAGCUCGUCGUGUCUUUGAUCGAAUCGCGGCUGCGGACGCUGGCGCGGGGCGGCGUUUGUGUGGUACGGAACGCGCGCAAUUUCCCGCGGGCGGCGCGGCUGAUCGAAUUCCGGCUGUUGUGCGACGCGGCGUCGCUGCCAGCCUACCGCGACGCGAAGACGCUCGCGGCGCGCGUGCGGACGGAGCUUCGCAUUCUUCGCGACCGGGCGCCGGCCGCCGCGCCGGCGCCCGCCGCCGCGGCCGCUCCGGCGCCUGCACCGGCGCCCGCCGCGCCGAGGCCCGCCGCGGCCGCUCCGACCGCUGCGCCGGCGCCUUCUUCACCGGCCGCCGCUCCGGCGCCGACCAUCGCGCCGGCGCCCGCACCACCGGCCGCCGUGCCCGCCGCCGCGCCCGAGGUUGUGGUCGCCGCGCCGACGCCCGUGGCGCCGCCGCCUGCUCCAGCGCCCGCCGCGCCGGCCGCCGCACCCGCUCCCGCCGCUGUGGCCAUCCCGGCACAGAGACCGGCUGCCGCGCCGCCGUCCGCGACUCCGAGGCCGGCCGCGGCCGCUCCGGCGCCCGUCGCCGCGCCUACGUCUGACUCCGCACCUGCUCAGGCGCCUGCUCAGGCACCCGCCGCCGCGACGCCUGCUCCAGCACCUGCCACGCCGGCCGCCGCACCUGCGCCUGAAGUGACUGUUCCAACGCCCGCCGCUCUGAGGCCCGACGCGGCCGCUCCAGCGCCGGUCGCCGCGCCGGCGCCUGCUCUGGCACCUGUUCAGGCACCUGCCGCGCCCGCCGCGCCGUCGGCCGCACCGAUGCCUGCUCCGGCGCCAGCUCCGGCCCCGCGGAUACCAAUCGCACCGCCGUCAACGGUCCUCCCCGCCGCACCGCCGCCGCCGCCGUCGUCGUGGCUGCCGCCGGCCCGGGUCCGCCUGGCGCCUGGCGUCGUCGUCGACUGCCGCGGCCCGGCCGGCGGGAGCGCCGGCGCGCGGCGGGCGCCGGCGCCGCGGCGGCGGCCUCCCGCGUCGGCGGGCCUCGCGGCGGCGCUCGCGGCGAGCCGGCGGUCGUUCGUCGACGACGAGCGGAGGCGCCUGCGGGCGGCCGCGGCGGUGUCGGUCGUGCCUCAGCCUGCGGCACCUGCGGCGACGGAGCCGGCGCCAUCGGAGCUGGCGCCCGCCGCCGCGUCGACGCCUGCUCAGGCACCUGCUCAGGCUCCGGUUGCGCCGCUGCCUGCCGCUCCGGCUCCGGCGCCGGUCGCACCGACACCACCAGAACCAGCACCAACCGCGCCCGUGUCGUCUACGCCUGUGCCACCGGCGGCGACGGAGCCGGCGCCUGCCGUGGCCGCUUCCGCGCCCGCGCCUGUUCAGGCACCUGCUCAGGCGCCGGCGCCCGCUGCUCUGGCUUCGACACCAUGUGAACCGGCGCCUGUUGCCUCAGAUCCGGCAGUACCGGAACCGCCGGCCGCACCGGCGCCGACUCCGGUGGAACCCGCCACGCCGCCUGAUACGGCACCUACCAUGUCCGUGGCGCCGCCGGCGCCGCCGGUCGCUCCGAAUCCGACAGUACCGGAACCGGCCGCACCGGUGGAACCCGCCGCGCCACCGCGGCGACCGCGGGGACCGCCGGUCUCGCCGCGCGCCGUCGUCGCGGAUGCUCUCCGACGCGACGCGCGGUCGGCGCGGCAGCGCGUCUGGAAGCGGGACCCGCUCGCCGAGGUCUCCGCGAACUGGCGACGGCCGGGCCCGGACGACGUCCCCGCCUGUAUUUUCUGCGACGACGCGUACCGCGGCGUCGUCCACAAUUCGGGCAAGGGCCCAGACGCGUUCUUCUACUGCUGUACCUGUGACAAGCAUUUUACGCGGCGCGAGGCGGACUUUUUCGCGGGGCGGGGGCGGCUAACUUAGUGAACUGU